AUGGAAGUUUACUUUGACAAUUUGAAAGAAACUCUUAACGGUGUACCACCUUCAAACAUUUUGAACUACGAUGAAACCAACUUGGCAGACAAUCCAGGCACUGCCAGAGCCACAUGUAUUUGGCCUCUCAAUCCAAUCAAUGUUACUAAGAGAAUACUAGAACUAUAUGACGAAGUGAAAUAUGGAAUAGACAAUGCUUUACUAGAGUAUUUGAAAGAAACAAGAUCACCAAAUCCAAUGACAGUGAAAAGAAGCAAAACAUUGAAAACAGAACCAGGAAAGUCAGUCUGCUUGGAAGAUAUUUCUAUAAAAGCCAAUAAUACAAAGAAAACAAAUGCGACAAAUAAGAAUAAAAAACAUAUUAAUACGGAAGAAGACAUUGUGAUACCGAUGUUGAAUGAAAACACAGAAGAAAAGAUAGAGACAGACGAAGAAAUAGAGACGUAUAUAUUACAUGAAACAGGGAAUAGGAUAGGAAAUAGUAAAAAAGAAUCCCAAAAAAUCACGUUCCAAGAUAUUGGUUCGGAAUCGCCAGAUCUAUGCAUUUUUGGUGAAAAUUUGAGAAGUCGCGAAGAAAAUGUAUCGUUUAUAGCACAUGAUGAAAAAGAUUUAACUGUUUGUUUACAAACACAAAAUCUACUUUCGAAAAAUUCUCCAAGUGGGGUAAAAUUGACUGCAAACAGUUCUCCUAAAAAAUUAGUUAUAACCUCCGAUGUAAAAGUGACUUCAACUGCUAAGAUAACCUCAACUAGGAAGAAAGAACAUAUCAAGAAAAAAAUUUUGGGUGCUGAAACAAUUCGAGACUCUGCACUACAUAUGAAGUUAUAUCCUAAGCCAAAAAAAUCAAAUGCCAAACAAAACAAUAUUCUAAAAGAAAUAGAAAUAAAUAACGUUCAACCAAAAACAUGA